GAGGCCCUACAAUGAGAAAUUUGAUUCUUUUUGCAGUGUUUCUUGCUUUCAUUCUUCAAUUGGAAUCAUGUAAAUGUCUAUCCAAACAUCCUCAAAGGCAUUUUUGUAACUCGAAUUUUGUUGUUCACGCAAAGGUGAUUAGUCGGUCGCAAAGGAUCGUGAAUAAUGGAUUGAAUGUGCGUGUUGCAUACACUGUUCAAAUACUCCAAGAUUUCAAGCUUGACGAUAGAAGAUUUAGACAGCAGCCGCCAAUCCGAAUUAUCAAAUCCAGUUCUUCUUUUGCUGCCUGUGGUUCAUACUUUGAAUUAAAUAAAGAAUACGUCAUUUCAGGUUCCAACAUUAGGGGCGAAUGGGAAACAAAUUUAUGCGCAUGGAAUGAUGAAGUAGAUUUACUCACACAAUACCAAAGAAAUGCUCUGGAUCUCGGCGUUUACAAAAACAGUUGUAACUGCCAGGUUUUGGAGUGCGCACCUGACGUGAUGAAUUGCCCAGCUGCAGGUAGAAAUGAAUGCGUCAUCAGAUCAAAUUUUAACUGCCACUAUGGCAUAAAUACUUGUAGAAGAGUUAAUUCGAUGUGCAUGUGGACUUCUCCAUGCAAUCUGUGACAUGCCUUUGCGGUUUUAAAAUCAUGAAACAAUGUGCUUAAUAUGCUUAAUAAAACUUAAUAUAUUAAAAAUCAAAAUUU